AUGGAGGGAAACUCAACCUGUAAAAAAGUUGACAUGAACUUCACAAACAUAUUUUUACCCGCAGUCUACUCAGGAGUUUUUAUAUUUGGACUUAUUGGCAACUGCUGGGGCCUACAUUCCAUCUACACAAACUGGAGGAAACUUGGUAACGUAAAUAUCUUUGUCUUGAACCUUUGCAUGGCAGAUAUUUUACAUCUACUCACUCUGCCAUUUUUGGUGGAUUACUAUAAAGAGAAGAGCAUGUGGAGGUUUGGACAAGCUGCCUGCAAACUAAUAAGAUUCUCAUUCAAUAUGAACUUGUAUGGGAGUAUUGGAUUCCUUACCUGCAUUAGUUUGUACAGGUACUUAGGAAUCGUACACACCUUGAAGGUCAAUGGCAGAAUAACUGUGGGUCACUCCAUCGCAGUAAGCUCCCUGGUAUGGCUUUUGGUUUUCCUUCAGAGCCUCCCUGAAUUGCUCUUUGAAAAAACUUCACGAAAUAUUACGAAGUGCUAUGACACAACAUCCAAUCGACAAAUUCAGAACUACAUGAAGUACAGCAUUGGACAUACCAUAAUUGGAUUUGUGAUACCUUUAAUAAUUCUCUUGGUGUGCUAUGGUCACAUAGCUUUAGUUCUGGCAACAAAAAAAAAUGUUGAAGCUUUGCUGAAGUCUAGAUGCCUCAGACUGGUCUUAAUUCUAGUGCUUUUGUUUUCUGUUUGCUUCAUUCCAUUCCACAUCUUUAGAAACCUUAACCUAAGCACUCGGCUGUCAAAAUUACAGAACAUGUGUCGCAAAUGGUAUGCCAACGUUUACAUUGCCAACCAAAUAAGUCAUGGGCUUGCAUGUAUGAAUAGUGCUAUUGAUCCAUUACUGUAUCUACAUGUUAAGGUGUACUAA